AUGGGAUUGCUAGCACUCAACGGUGACGUGCUGAGUUACCUGCCAUGUGUAGCACCUGGUUGCGAUUAUAAGAGUUAUAUGGAGCGAAUCGCGCAAAAUCGACCUGUCUUCGUAUCCAGAAAGAUGGGUUAUAGCUGCGAAGAAGUUCGAGACAGAAUUCUACCGAAGUAUCCAAUGGAAAAGAUCGAGCAUGGAGUGGCACAUGCAAGGGUUGUAUAUAAAGACUAUGAGUUUAUCGAAGAGGAGCUCAGAUCGAAUUAUCACUGGCAAAAUCAUUUUUGUUACACUCUCGACAGUAAAUCAUCGCCAAAUUUUCGGAUAAAAAUCCGUCAAUUGCCGGUUUGCCUUCGAAACGUGUACGUAGUUUCAGCCUCAAAAUCCAAGGAGAAUGCGACUUUACGAUUUGCGAAAGGUGUAGUCCAAGCCUCAUUAUCACGUGCGGCUGUGGAUUGGAUGGUGAACCGAGUUAAUCUGACAACUCUCAUCGAAAAUAUUAAUCAGGAGCCUUUCUCUGACGAGCUGUUAAUCCAAUCGUUACAAAUAACCGAUGAAUUUGACAUGCCUGGUCGUUUCUCCUACGAAUGCUCUCAAACAGGUUCAGCAGGCACCAUUACCAGGCUAACACACUGGAUCAUGGGUUCUCCAAAUGACUGUUUGAGUGGCCAUGUUCGUCACGAUAUUUGUAUUAUGGGCGUGGAACAUAUUCCAGAACUUUCACGGACUCCACACAUUUUGGUGAAUAAAAUGAUGCCAGAUUUUGACUACGGUGCCAUCGAAUGUGUGCACGAGCUUGUGUUUAACAGGACGUUUCGGAAUCAAGUAGACCACGCGUUAAACAGGAGCCACUACUCAAAUUUAGCCCACGUGAUCUAUCACAAAAACCGCCACGAUCCUUCUUGGUUGUCGUCGUUGAAUUGCAGCAACCUUGUCCGACCAUAUCGUAGACUUCUUCCGAAGAGUUUUCCUGAAAGAGACUACUAA